AUGACAAAGACAGAGAAGGAGAACAUCUACCGGGAGGAGAACGCCAGGCCCCUCCGCAAGUUCGAACACCACGACGCGAACGAGGACAUGAAACUGUCCAAGGAGGAGGCUCUGGAGAUGCUGAAGAAGAUGGAGGAAGUGGACAUCAGCGAACUGCCCGAUGACUGGUUCGAGUCCAUGGACAAGGACAACAGCGGGUACAUCGAGCCUGAGGAGUACGACAGCGACAUGGCCAAAGGCGGACCCCCGGCGGAGUAGUCCC